UAGCCUUUGUCCAUCAACUGAAGAAUAGACAUUUCAUUUCAACAUGGGCGUUCUCGGAGCAAUUGCCAGACAUUUGGACGCAAUAGUCGGGCCUGGAGUGAUGCUUCUAUUUCCUUUAUAUUCAUCAAUGCGAGCAAUUGAGAGCCCUACAACCCUAGACGAUCAGCAAUGGCUAACAUACUGGGUCUUAUACUCCUUCAUAACCCUUUUCGAGCUUUCUUGUUGGAAAGUUCUUGCUUGGAUUCCGAUUUGGCCAUAUAUGAAGCUUGUGUUUUGCAUGUGGCUGGUGCUGCCAGUAUUUAACGGGGCAGCGUAUAUUUACGAGAGUAUUGUGAGGAAGUAUGUAAAGAAUUUUGGGGGAGUUGUGGGGUUAAAUAGUAAUUACUCAGAGGACCACAAGAAGGCGCUCCAGAUGAUGACCCCCGACGCAAGGAAAUCCGUAGAGCGUUACAUUGAUAGACAUGGAGCUGAUGCUUUCGAACGUGUAAUCAAAGCGGCUGAAAGAGAAGUGAAGAAGAACUGAUGAUCAUCAGAAGAAUCGUACGUACGCCACAUAUAUAUAUAUAUAUAUAUAUAUAUAAGGGCAAUUAAUGUAUGAGAUUCAUGUACUGUAAUUGUUGUAAAGAAACGUACAAACUUCGGCUUCAUGUGUAUAUUAUUCCCCAAGAAGAUGAAAAUGGCAUUGUUGUU